AUGGGCAACAUUCCGUCGAGUCUCCUGGAUGACCUGUCCGAGGGAACAAACUUCGGAUCGGACGAAAUUGACCGUCUCGCGAAGCGGUUCAUGAAGCUGGACACAGACAACUCCGGGGCCAUCGACAAGGACGAGUUUCUGUCGAUUCCCGGAAUCGGCCAAAAUCCGCUCGCCAGGCGCGUGAUAGACAUCUUUGACACCAAUAGGGGCGGCGACAUUGACUUCAAGGAGUUUGUGGCCGGGCUGUCGAUUUUCUCGAGCGGCUCGGUCGACGACAAGCUUAGGUUCCUGUUUAGGGUCUACGACAUCGACAACGACGGCUACAUUUCGAACGGCGAGUUAUUCUUGGUGCUACGGAUGAUGGUGGCCAAUUCGCUCACGGACGUGCAGUUGCAGCAACUCGUAGACCGCACGAUCCUUGAAAAUGACGAGGAUGGAGACAACAGGCUGGAUUUCGAGGAGUUCAAGAGAACCAUCGCCCACACCGACGUGGCCAGCAAGCUGUCGCUGGAGGACAAAAUCUGA